GCUAUACACCCCCAAUCAUCCAGAUAGAUACAGAUUGAGAGAGAAAGUUUCUUUUUUUAAAAGAAAACUAUAUACUCAUUUUUAUUAUUAUAAAUAUUAUAUUUAUAUGAUGAAAGGAGAAUAUGUAGAAGAAAGGAAAGAUCAGUUCAACACUAUGUUUGCUAAGCUCCAUCAGACCCAGAAGUUCCACCACCACCACCCCUAUCAACAGCCUCCUCCCCCGCCGCUCUCUCAGGCCAUCUUCCACCACCCUUUCCAGCUCUCCGCCCCCGCCCGGGAAUGCCAGAACUCCGAUGACACCGACAGCCGCAGCCCGACCACUCCAUCUACGGCGACAAACACCGCAAAGAAGCAGCAGCCCAUCUCUCCGCAGCCGAACUCGUCCUUGGUUGUGGCGGUGGCGCGUACGUCUUCCUCAGGAAACGACGGCGCAUCCAUAGAGGUCGUCCGCCGCCCGCGCGGCCGGCCUCCCGGGUCGAAGAACAAAGCGAAGCCGCCGGUCAUCAUAACCAGGGAGGCCGAGCCGACCAUGAGCCCUUAUAUUUUCGAGCUCCCCGGCGGGGUUGACUUGAUCGAUUCCGUGACCCGAUUUUGCCGGAGGCGGAAUAUGGGCGUCUGUGUGCUGAACGGGUCGGGUUCGGUUUCGAACGUGACGAUCCGACAGCCCGCCACGACUCCCGGGGGCACCGUUACUUUCCACGGCCGUUUCGAAAUUCUUUCGAUUUCAGCGACCGUAGUGGUGGGGCCCAGCUCGGGCGGCAGCUUUCCCCCUCACAACGGAAUAGUGAACGGGUUCACGAUAUCUCUGGGUGGGCCCCAGGGGCAAGUGGUGGGCGGGGUCGUGGCGGGGCCCUUGCUAUCGGCGGGGACGGUGUACUUGAUCUCAGCCACCUUUAGCAACCCGUCGUAUCACCGCCUGCCGGCGGAUGAAAUGGAAAGGAAGGAAGGGCGUGACCUGCAAAAUUCGCCGGAGGUUUCCGGCGGAGUCGACAGAGUUGUUGCGGCGGCGGAAGCGUGCGGGGUCCCGAUGUACAGCUGCCACAUGCCGUCCGAUGUGAUCUGGGCUCCCACUGCUAGACAACCACCGCCUUACUAGAUGCAAAUUCAAAUCAGAUUGUUUUCUUCUUCAUUGAUUUUCUAGACUGUAGUGGCCUUUGGCACUGUGAAAAUUUGGAGUUCUUAAAUUUAGUUCAUCUUUCUGGAUAUUUUAAUUAUGGGUGACUCUUAAUAACUGUACUUUGUCAUUAAUUUGUAUCAUCUUUAAUCCAUUUUUGUAUGAAAAGGUGGAAUUACAUCCAA